UUUUUUUAAAUAAUGUGUAGAACGCUGUGUAUUUUUAUUGUGAUCAAGUGCUAUAUGUGCGUUUUGUGUAGUGAUCAAUUUUAAAUCACCAUCUGUCGAAAAAGUGGAGGGCGCCGCGAGAGCGAGGCGGGGGGUUGCGCGUGCGGCGCGCGUUCCGUCCCCCCUGCGCCCGCACCGCCCCAUCCGCUCCGCGCCCUCGAUGACAUGCCGCCUGUUCUCAGGUCGAAUCCGCUAUACACGGAGGAAGAAGAGCAAGAAGUAGUGAUCAUCGUUGAUGAUGACGUGGCGGAGGGCGAGUCGGCAGACGCACCUCGUAUGCCUCGGAGAGCACCCUCCACUUCUUCAGGGUACGGCAGUGGAGGCGGUAGUCACGGUCGGGUGUCACCCAACUUACCAAAGAACGAGCAGUUCGAGCCAGAGCCUGUGAGACGGCUCUCCGUUUCGGACAAGAACGAAGGAUCUCAAAGCACAUCGGACUCCGACGGCAGUCCAACGUGCACCAUGUCGAGGAGUUUGAAGGAGGAUAUCAGGGCGUGUUUGGGAGGAUGCAGUAGGGACUACACAGAAAAUCCCCCCGUUAGAUGGGAGAAGGAUGUCGGCCAUGUGGUAGAAGCUGCAAUUCGCGGCGCUGGUGGUAUAAGCGCUGCGCGAGCUCGUCUUCACGCAGCAUUGCUCGCAUUGCACGAUCCACCGACAAACCGCGGACCAAGUUUACCGUAUUGUGGACCUGGAGUCCGACCUGGAGAUGUCACCAUGAUGCCCAAGAAUCAGAUGUCUUUGCUGGCGACAAGCGCUUUAUUUACUCUGGACGGCGCUCGUGGUGAAGAAUUAACUAGAAGAUUAGCACGUGGAGAACGCAGAAGAAGAAGAUGCCGAGCGAUUCUAGCGGUUCUAGCGCUUUUGUUGCUUCUUGCCGCUGUGGGAGCAGUCGAAUUGCUUUUAUCUAGAGGACAACGUGUUUUCGGAGCAGUGCUUCGUUGACAUUCGCUUUUUAUUCUUCUAGUAACACUAACGUGGUAACGUGGAAGAAUAAUUUUGACAUAUUUUUUUUAAUUUCUAAAUCCUGGCUACAUGUUCACGGUCACGAUAAAAAUUGUAAUUUGACUUAACUGAUUGAUACAAUCACAUUUGUUCAAAAUUAAAUAUCUUACUUAGGUUUGUUGGGAAAUAUAAAACCUACGUCAUGUAAUAACAUUUCUUCAUCAACUAGUUUCAGCUGAUAGAAUCAAUAAUAUUGUGGUAGCGAGUUCCCCGGUUAAACCUUAGUCUUGAGGGUAGCGUGAUAACUAUUGAUCAAUCAACGAUCAACGAAUCAACUAAUUUCAAAGUUACAAUGCUCAGUGUUCAAUAUUAUUUGCACCAAUAUUUAUUUAGCCGCCAACUUUUGUUUUUGCAAAAUGAGGUAGGGUUGAGACAACUGCGUUGGUGACUAGUUGCGUAAAUAGCCUUUUCGGGCCCCAAGGCAAUAAAAUGGCAUUGUCCCCCUAUCCCCUUUGCCUUUUAGAAGAUAUAUUAAUUCAUAUAACUUGUUGUCCGCGUAAAACUAAUAUAGUUUAAA